GACAACGGAGAACAAAACGAAAGGCGGAGGAAGAUGGACCUCUCUGCAGACCAUGGGUCUGCACGAGAAAGACCCGGAACCAGAUUUCAAUGACUGUCUCAUGAAAGUAUUCCGUCAAAAACUGCAACGAAAGCGUCAGGAACACGCUUGCAAGACAGCCAAUCAGCUAAUUAAGCAGGUCACUGAUAUUGCCUUUUCAUUGAGCACCGAAUGGAAGGAAUACACGACUUGCUCUGUGAAAAGCGGGGGUGUUAGAACAACACCUUUGCGCACUCUUGGUGAAGGAAGUUAUGAGUGCAUGGUGCCAUUAAAACGACCAAUGAGAUUGGACGGAUUUAAGGUGUUUCAGCGCGGCAUUGAUGAGAUGCCCCUACAUCGUUGCUUAAUUCAAGUAAACCCAGCUUUGUGUAAACAAGAACAACAUCUUGUAAACAGAGAGUGGGAACCAUUCAUAGAUAACGACGGCUUCCUUAGGCCUACAGGAAUACUUAACUGGUUUAACAGGGGUUUACAUAAAGCUUGCCAGGUUCUGUUAACGGAGAAUCAUAACGUAGAUAAGCUCGGUUGUUACGUAGGUGAUGACGGCACGGCCACCAUACAUGCAACUAUGUCGGACUUUGACGGAGAUGAACUGCAGAUUAACGUUUUUAACGUGAAUAUAUACCCAGUGUUCGCACUGGACAGAUUGCCAUCGAGUGUGAAACUGAGUGCUCCGUUACCGUGCUACGGUGAUUACAUACAGGGACAGAAAGAAUUUAGAAAUCUUGUACUCAAAGAUCUUGAAGAUGGUAAACCGAUCGCCUUCCUCGAUCCAAAAUCAGACGUAGGGCAUAGUCUUGUGAAGAAGUGUUUACCAAAAGAUGGUCCAACUUGGAAAAUCAAUAUCAGUUUAACCGAAUACCACGUGUACAGUUUGAUCGACAAGUACUGUCGAGGUCUGAAAUUUCGCCAUGUUUUGAUUCUAAUGAGUAUACUUCGUGAAGAGCAUCCGAAAAAACUAGGACCUCUCAAUAACGAAAUCCUAGUAAACACGCUGUUUAACGUCUCUCAACGUUACAUAGAUAAGAUUCGUGACAAGAAAGUUUGGAUAUUUCAGGUCAUUCAAACACUGAUAGACUAUCUUGAACAAGGUUUCUUGCCGUCAUUCUACCUGCCCAGACAGGAUCUUCUCCAUACAUAUGGAAUUUCUAAAGAAAAACAAAACAUCGCUUGCGAAACUCUGAAAGCAUUCUUGUCAGAAAUUAAAAGCAGCUCGAAAAAAUUAAUGAAACACACUGGUUAUGUUGAUCCUUUUAAAAUGUCACUGCAAGAGGCGAUGAAAAUGAGAACAGAUACAAGAGACGGUCGUGACGACUCUGAAAAUGUUCCAAAUACACAGGGGGAAGAUGGUGUUCCAAAAACGAAUGAAGACCGCAAAAUGUCAAGUAAGGGUCAAGAAAAAGACUUUACCGACGACGGUCCAGUUGAAGAUACUGACCGUAUCGGUGAAUUACCGAGAAGUGCUGGUUUUAGAAAUUGGGAUAAUAAUUUUGAAGACGAAAGCGGCAUAAGUAAGCCAAGCAAAGGCGGAGAAAGAAGUGACAUAUUUUAAAAACUGAAAAACAAUUUAAAUCAUUUAUAAACGAAUUUCCAAUCCAGCUUAAUAAUUGAUUGCCACAAAAGGCAUGGUUGAAAAUAUAAUGAAUAAAAAAUUUAAAAAUCUGCCAUAAAGG